AUGGACACAUCAAAAGCUUUCGUGUUGAUUGACCGAGAACACCCUGGCACCAGCUUUGUUCCUGAGGCCCUGUCUGCAGAGAGGGGGAGUUGGGGGAAUAAACAUUCUGUGUGCUCUCUUUCCCCAUGUGCUGUGUUGCUGACAGAGCUGCAAGUUCUCCAUGUUGACUUCUUGAAGCAGGAGAACACCGUUUCUCACCACACCUGGGAGUUCCAAACGAGCAGUCCUGUGUUCCGGCGAGGGCAGGUGUUUCACCUGCGGCUAGUGCUGAACCAGCCCCUACAAUCCUACCACCAACUGAAACUGGAAUUCAGCACAGGGCCAAAUCCUAGCAUCGCCAAACACACCCUGGUGGUGCUCGACCCGAGGAUGCCCUCAGACCACUACAACUGGCAGGCAGCCCUUCAAAAUGAGUCUGGCAAAGAGGUCACAGUGGCUGUCACCAGUACCCCCAAUGCCAUCCUGGGCAAGUACCAACUAAAUGUGAAAACUGGAAACCACAUCCUUAAGUCUGAAGAAAACAUCCUAUACCUUCUCUUCAACCCAUGGUGUAAAGAGGACAUGGUUUUCAUGCCUGACGAGGACGAGUGCAAAGAGUACAUCCUCGAUGACACGGGCUGCCAUUACGUGGGGGCUGCCAGAAGUAUCAAAUACAAACCCUGGAACUUUGGUCAGUUUGAGAAAAAUGUCCUGGACUGCUGCAUUUCUCUGCUGACUGAGAGCUCCCUCAAGCCUACAGAUAGGAGGGACCCCAUGCCAGUGUGCAGGGCCAUGUCUGCUAUGAUGAGCUUUGAGAAAGGCCAAGGCGUGCUCAUUGGGAAUUGGACUGGGGACUACCAAGGUGGCACAGCCCCAUACAAGUGGACAGGCAGUGCCCCGAUCCUGCAGCAGUACUACAACACGAAGCAGCCUGUGUGCUUUGGCCAGUGCUGGGUAUUCGCUGGGAUCCUGACUACAGUGCUGAGAGCGUUGGGCAUCCCAGCACGCAGUGUGACAGCCUUCGAUUCAGCUCACGACACAGAAAGGAACCUCACGGUGGACACCUAUGUGAAUAAGAAUGGCGAGAAAAUCACCAAUAUGACCCACGACUCUGUCUGGAAUUUCCACGUGUGGACGGAUGCCUGGAUGAAGCGACCGGAUCUGCCCAAGGGCUAUGACGGCUGGCAGGCUGUGGACGCAACGCCGCAGGAGCGAAGCCAGGGUGUCUUCUGCUGUGGGCCAUCGCCACUGACCGCCAUCCGCAAAGGUGACAUCUUUAUUGUCUAUGACACCAGAUUCGUCUUCUCAGAAGUGAAUGGUGACAGGCUUAUCUGGUUGGUGAAGAUGGUGAAUGGGCAGGAGGAGUUACACGUAAUUUCAAUGGAGACCACAAGCAUCAGGAAAAACAUCAGCACCAAGGCAGUGGGCCAAGACAGGCGGAGAGAUAUCACCUACGAGUACAAGUAUCCAGAAGGCUCCUCUGAGGAGAGGCAGGUCAUGGAUCAUGCCUUCCUCCUUCUCAGUUCUGAGAGGGAGCACAGACAACCUGUAAAAGAAAACUUUCUUCACAUGUCGGUACAGUCAGAUGAUGUGCUCCUGGGAAACCCUGUUAAUUUCACCGUGAUUCUCAAAAGGAAGACUGCUGCCCUACAGAAUGUCAACAUCUCGGGCUCCUUUGAACUACAGUUGUACACUGGCAAGAAGGUGGCAAAACUGUGUGACCUCAAUAAGACCUCGCAGAUCCAAGGUCAAGUAUCAGAAGUGACUCUGACCUUGGACUCCAAGACCUACAUCAACAGCCUGGCUAUAUUAGAUGAUGAGCCAGUUAUCAGAGGUUUCAUCAUUGCAGAAAUUGUGGAGUCUAACGAAAUCAUGGCCUCUGAAGUAUUCACGUCUUUCCAGUACCCUGAGUUCUCUAUAGAGUUGCCUAACACAGGCAGAAUUGGCCAGCUACUUGUCUGCAAUUGUAUCUUCAAGAAUACCCUGGCCAUCCCUUUGACUGACGUCAAGUUCUCUUUGGAAAGCCUGGGCAUCUCCUCACUACAGACCUCUGACCAUGGGACGGUGCAGCCUGGUGAGACCAUCCAAUCCCAAAUAAAAUGCACCCCAAUAAAAACUGGACCCAAGAAAUUUAUUGUCAAGUUAAGUUCCAAACACGUGAAAGAGAUUAAUGCUCAGAAGAUUGUUCUCAUCACCAAGUAG